UUUCCCGGCGCUCUGCGAUUGGCUGCGCCGGAGAGCCAUCUUCUGUCCACCCUUCUGAUUGGCUUCCGGAACGCGCGGGAGGCGGCUCUCGAUUGGCUAGGUCGGCGCGCCUGCGCGGCGGGGUUCUCGGUCGCCAGCCAUUCCUGAGGAGGAGGACUGCCGGUCAGACGGUCGUCUCGCCUGUGGUUUGGAAGGAGCGGGUCCCGGGUUUCCGGGAAAGGCGGCUGCCGCGGCCAGAAGAGGGGGGGAAAAAAUGAAGAUCUUCGUGGGCAACGUGGACGGGGCGGAUACGACGCCGGAGGAACUGGCGGCCCUCUUCGCGCCCUACGGCACGGUCAUGAGCUGCGCCGUCAUGAAACAGUUCGCCUUCGUGCACAUGCGCGAGAACGCGGGCGCUCUGCGCGCCAUCGAGGCCCUGCACGGGCACGAGCUGCGGCCGGGGCGCGCGCUCGUGGUGGAGAUGUCGCGCCCGAGGCCUCUCAACACGUGGAAGAUUUUCGUGGGCAACGUGUCGGCCGCUUGCACGAGCCAGGAAUUGCGCAGCCUCUUCGAGCGCCGCGGGCGCGUCAUCGAGUGUGACGUGGUGAAAGACUACGCGUUUGUUCACAUGGAGAAAGAAGCAGAUGCCAAAGCCGCCAUCGCGCAGCUCAACGGCAAAGAAGUGAAGGGCAAGCGCAUCAACGUGGAGCUCUCAACCAAGGGUCAGAAGAAGGGGCCUGGCCUGGCUAUCCAGUCUGGGGACAAGACCAAGAAACCAGGGGCUGGGGAUACGGCAUUCCCUGGAACUGGUGGCUUCUCUGCCACCUUCGACUACCAGCAGGCUUUUGGCAACAGCACUGGUGGCUUUGAUGGGCAAGCCCGUCAGCCCACACCGCCUUUCUUUGGUCGCGACCGCAGCCCCCUGCGCCGUUCACCUCCCCGAGCCUCGUACGUGGCUCCUCUGACGGCCCAGCCAGCCACCUACCGGGCCCAGCCCUCAGUGUCGCUGGGAGCUGCCUACAGGGCUCAGCCCUCUGCCUCUCUGGGCGUGGGCUAUCGGACUCAGCCCAUGACGGCCCAGGCGGCGUCCUACCGUGCUCAACCGUCUGUCUCCCUGGGGGCCCCGUACCGGGGCCAGCUGGCCAGCCCGAACUCCCAGUCAGCCGCCGCUUCUUCACUUGGCCCAUAUGGAGGAGCCCAGCCCUCAGCCUCGGCCCUCACCUCCUAUGGGGGCCAGGCGGCUGCUGCGUCUUCACUCAACUCCUACGGGGCUCAGGGCUCCUCCCUUGCCUCCUACGGCAACCAGCCAUCCUCUUACGGCGCCCAGGCUGCCUCUACAUAUGGGGUUCGUGCAGCAGCUUCCUCCUACGGCACCCAGGGAGCAGCUUCCUCCCUAGGUUCCUACGGGGCUCAGGCAGCCUCCUACGGGGCCCCGUCUGCAGCUUCCUCCUUGGCUUACGGAGCGCAGGCAGCUUCUUACAGUGCCCAGCCCUCGGCCUCCUACAGUGCCCAGUCUGCUCCGUAUGCUGCUCAGCAGACUGCUUCCUACUCUUCCCAGCCUGCUGCCUAUGUGGCACAGCCUGCCACAGCUGCCGCCUAUGCCAGCCAGCCAGCCGCCUAUGCUGCACAAGCCACUACCCCGAUGGCUGGCUCCUAUGGGGCCCAGCCAGUGGUCCAGACCCAGCUGAAUAGUUACGGGGCUCAAGCAUCGAUGGGCCUGUCAGGCUCCUAUGGGGCUCAAUCAGCGGCUGCGGCCACUGGCUCCUAUGGGGCCGCAGCUGCCUAUGGGGCCCAGCCUUCGGCCACCCUGGCAGCACCUUACCGCACUCAGUCAGCCUCAUUGGCUGCUUCCUAUGCUGCCCAGCAGCAUCCUCAGGCUGCUGCCUCCUACCGUGGCCAGCCGGGCAGUGCCUACGACGGGGCAGGUCAGCCGUCUGCAGCCUACCUGUCCAUGUCCCAGGGGGCCGUUGCCAACGCCAACAGCACCCCGCCGCCUUAUGAGCGUACCCGGCUCUCCCCACCCCGGGCCAGCUACGACGAUCCCUACAAAAAGGCUGUCACCAUGUCGAAAAGGUAUGGUUCCGACCGGCGUUUAGCCGAGCUCUCUGAUUACCGCCGUUUAUCAGAGUCGCAGCUUGCGUUCCGCCGCUCGCCGACAAAGUCCUCGCUGGAUUACCGUCGCCUGCCCGAUGCUCAUUCCGAUUACGCACGCUAUUCGGGCUCCUAUAAUGAUUACCUGCGGGCAGCUCAGAUGCACUCUGGCUACCAGCGCCGCAUGUAUGUCCUCACGCCCUCGGCAGCCCACUGCUCCCAGCGCUCGCCCCCUCCCCGCAGCUGGAGGCCUGAGUAUGUGAUUAUGUGCGUGGCCGAGGGGAUCUCCGGGAACGCCCGCCUUAUGCUUGACUGGACGGCCAAUCCAGCGAUAGACUCACCUCCCCCUCUACCCAGAGUCACCGCUGCGUCCGCCGCCAUUUUAGCGUUUUGUCAGAAGCGUCCGCGCGGGGACGAGGAGACCCUUGCUGGUUUUCGUGCGGCCUUCGAGAUGGUGAAGCUGUUCAUCGGAAACCUGCCCCGGGAGGCCACGGAGCAGGAGAUCCGCUCCCUGUUCGAGCAGUACGGGAAGGUGCUGGAAUGUGACAUCAUCAAGAACUACGGCUUCGUGCACAUCGAGGACAAGACGGCGGCCGAGGAUGCCAUCCGCAACCUGCACCACUACAAGCUGCACGGCGUGAACAUCAACGUGGAAGCCAGCAAGAACAAGAGCAAAACAUCCACCAAGCUACACGUGGGCAACAUCAGUCCCACGUGCACCAACAAGGAGCUGCGGGCCAAGUUCGAGGAGUACGGUCCGGUCAUCGAGUGUGACAUCGUGAAAGAUUAUGCCUUUGUGCACAUGGAGCGGGCGGAGGACGCGGUGGAGGCCAUCAGGGGCCUUGAUAACACAGAGUUUCAAGGCAAACGGAUGCACGUGCAGUUGUCCACCAGCCGGCUUAGGACUGCGCCCGGGAUGGGAGACCAGAGCGGCUGCUAUCGGUGCGGGAAAGAGGGGCACUGGUCCAAAGAGUGCCCGGUAGAUCGUUCGGGCCGCGUGGCGGACUUGACCGAGCAGUAUAAUGAGCAAUAUGGAGCAGUGCGUACACCGUACACCAUGAGCUAUGGGGAUUCAUUGUAUUACAACAACGCGUACGGAGCGCUCGAUGCCUACUACAAGCGCUGCCGUGCAGCCAGGUCCUAUGAGGCAGUGGCGGCUGCAGCUGCCUCCGCGUAUAAUUACGCAGAGCAGACCCUGUCCCAGCUGCCACAAGUCCAGAGCACAGCCAUGGCCAGUCACCUCACCUCCACCACUCUUGAUCCCUACGAUAGACACCUGUUGCCGACCUCGGGAGCUGCUGCUGCCACAGCUGCUGCUGCUGCAGCAGCCGCUGCUGCUGUUACCGCAGCUUCCACUUCAUAUUACGGGCGGGAUCGGAGCCCCCUGCGUCGCGCUACAGCCCCAGUCCCCACGGUUGGAGAGGGCUACGGUUACGGGCAUGAGAGUGAGUUGUCCCAGGCGUCAGCGGCCGCGCGGAAUUCCCUGUACGACAUGGCCCGGUAUGAGCGGGAGCAGUACGCGGACCGGGCGCGGUACUCAGCCUUUUAAAGCUUGAGGUGGGAUGUGUGGGGGCUGAAAUGCGGAGCUGCGCUUGUGCAUGACAACACCCUGCGUGGUACCCCAUCUCCGGGACGGUCUCGGCUCUGUGCGGUCAGGCCCUCGGCAACUGUGGACCUUAAUUAACCUUGCUCUAAGUUCAGACCGCCUCUUCCCCUCUAUUGCCCGUUUUCCUGUUCUUCAGUGCUCUGUAGUUUCCCAUUCCUGUUCUGUUUUCCCAGCAGGCCUCAUUGUGUGCAGAAUGUGGUGGGGGCCGGGCUGUUUCCUGCCGUACCUCCUGCUCCCAGUGGGGGUUGGGUUUGGGAAUGACGUUGAUGAGAGAGUGAGACGCUCCUUGGGUCUCUAUUUGGCCUAAAGGCUGGACCUAUAGAGUUGGAUCACUUUUUUUUUUCCUUUAUGGUAAAAUAAAUGGUUUUUUAACGCA